GGGUUUGAAUUGUUGUUAGCGAAAACAGCGGUAGAUGACAGCAGUUGGUUAACGCUCGUAAAUACAGCUCAGUGAACUAUUUACUUUGCGCCGCUCGAAAAUAGUAAAUUUUAUAUCUACAAUCGACGAAACAUGUCCAAAAAACAGAUAUAUUAUUCUGACAAGUACACCGAUGAAGAAUUCGAGUACAGGCAUGUCGUGCUUCCAAAGCAGCUGUCUAAGCUGGUGCCUUCAUCCCACCUGAUGACCGAAGACGAGUGGAGGGGACUGGGAGUGCAGCAAAGCCAGGGCUGGAUACACUACAUGAUCCAUAAACCAGAACCACACAUACUGCUUUUCAGAAGACCUCUCCCAAAGGAUGGGAGCGACCUGUAAACUGUGCUGCCAUCGUCUGCUAAUUUCUAUUUGUUUGGACUACGCAUCUCCUGCAUACAGUACAUCUCUACAUAUGUUCUAAUGUAUUGUGUAGAAAACUUUGUGUUCCCUCAAUUUUUAGAGGCAAUGAGAAGCAAGUAGCUUAAUUCUACUGUGAUCUUGUGAACAAUACGAAGGUAAAAGUGUUCAUAAAUAGCUAUAAUUGUUUUUGUUUUGAUUUGUUUCCUGGUUAUACAAUCACUUGAUUGUAUUUUUCUCAAGCCCAUAAUUUGACCAAAAGUGCUUUCUGUUUGAGCACUUACUGUUCUGUAAUUGUUAUGUUUAUGUUUUGUACAUAUGUUGCUUAUAUAGAUAUUAUAAAUUUUAGUUGUUUGUUGCUGUGAGAAUAUAAUAAAAUGUUCUUUCUUCAUACGUA